AUGUCAACAACGAUUGACGAUGUAGAUGGGCGUAUCGGCUAUGUGGGCACUUCAUGGAGCACCAACCAUACUGACGACUCAUUUACCGAGGACUACUAUGAUGGCACCUUCCACUCAUCCACCACAGACGGAGAUUACGCAAUGGUUGUAUGGUAUGGCAAAGAUGUACAGAUCCUAGGGGGAAGGCGUCCAAAUCAUGGCAUCUACGGUGUUGUUGUUGACUCUGGAGAUAUACAGUACUACUCUGGCUAUUCAAAGAACUCAUCACUGCAACAAGUCUUAUACGCAUCCAGUGGUCUGGAAGAGGGAGAUCACACCUUGAAGAUCAGCAAUGAGAAUUCAAGGAAUGUGGAUCAGUAUCCAACUUACACCUGGCUAGACAUUGAUGCUGUUUCUGUCAAUGGAGAGCUUAAGACUGCCACCACCAUAUCCACCUCAAGCAGCUCCAGUUUUAAGACUGCUACCUCUUCCAAGGUUAGCAGUUUGAGUUCCAGUGUUGCCACCUCAGCAGCUGUUUCCUCUGCUACAAUCUCACAGACAGCAUCUGCUUCUGAUCAAGUGACAUCAACUAGUUCAUCAAGUACCUAUAGGCAAGAAACAAGUAGCAAGACCCUGUCCUCAUCCAAAACCUCAUCACCAACUUCAACCUUGUCCAGCACUUCUGUCAAUAUAGCCCAGUCAUCUGACCCCUUGCAGUCCACAGGGACACCUGCAACCCAAUAUAUCUCUACAACAAGUGGCAAUCAGCCUGGGACUACCGCUGCUAGUGAUGAAGGAUCCACAAUUCACAGAACAACAACUGUAGCAGUUUCAGCAACUGUUAUUGCAGUCGCUCUCAUUGUCAUCAUUACCAUUGCUGGGCUGUGGUUUUGGAAGAGAAGGAGAAGAAGACUUCAGGCUGAGGAAGAGGACUAUCUUCAACCUGCCUGGCAGUAA